AUGUCAGCUGCCGAUGACAUUAAAGAUUGGGCGAUUGAUGUAUGGGUAAGUGAUGCUAUUUCUUCGUUAUCAAAAAAUGGUGAUAGAGUUAGUGACAAAGGAGAUGUUGUUGAUGCAGAUUCUACUAUUGUAACAACAUUACACUCUGCAGUUGGAGUAGUAACUGAAGUAGAUUCAAGUGAUGUAGCUGAAGAUGAAGCUAAUGUAGUAACUGCAGAUGUUGUUGUUGGAGCUGCUGAUGUUGAAGCAGUAUGUGAUGCUGCUGCUAAUGUAGUUUGCAUUGUUGUAAGUGUGGUUUGUGUAGUUGUUGUAGUUGGGGGUGCCAAUGUACCAAGUGUGGUUGCUUCUGUUACAGCUGCAAAUGUAGUCUGUGGCUUACUUUUAACAGCAGCCACCCAAGAUGAGAAGGAGGUAUUACAGUAUUUUGACGUGGUUUCAAUUAUUUCUUUAAAUGUAGUUAAGCAUGUUACAUGUUCAUAUGCAGUUGUCAUAAUUGAUAUUGCUGCCGAUGUUGUUGAUGUCAUUGAUGAUGUCGUUGUUGUCGUUGGUGAUGUUGCAGCUGUCGUAGUUGAUGUUGUAUUUGCAUCAUUUGUCCAUGAGGAAAUUGAAGUUCUGGACGUUGUCGCUCUAACCGAUGAACAAGAUGUUGAUGAUGAAGAUGCAGAUGAUGAGGAUGAUGAUGAUGUAGACCAUGGAGAUGAUGCAGACGAUGAUGCUUUGAUCGACGAUCGACUACUACAACCACAUGGGAACUGUUUAGUGGCUGUUGUAGUUGGCUGCGGCUGUGUACCCGCUAACGAGGCAACUGCCAUCGCAUAUGAUAGUUUGGUAGUAGUUGGUGAUGUUGAUGAUGUAGAUAAUGUAGUAGAUGAUGAUGUUGUCAACGAUGAUAGAAAUGGUGAUGUUUUUGAAAGUGAUGCUAUGGAGGAUGGUGAUGAAGAUGGUGAGGACACUAAUGAUGUCAAUGGCAUGGUCGAUACCGGUAUCAGUAAGUCUGUUGAAGCUGAAAUUGUCGUUGUUGAAACCGUAAUUGUGGUAGAAGAUGUCCCCAUCAUCGAUGUUGUUGAUGUUGUUGGCAACAUUGUUGUUGAUGUUGUUGUGGUCAGAGUUCUUGAUGCAGGCCCAGAAUGA